GUCACUAUCUUGUCAGAUGUUGACCGGUGAACCUCUCAUGUGUGGUGGACUUGUAUUAUUGCAAUAAACCAUACUGGACCGUGACCCAGCUGCCUCUGCUUCUUUUUGACCACUGUUGGUGAUUUUUCAACUGCUUUUUCAAGAACUUCGAAUUUUUGAGAGGCUUAGCACAAAUUAAUAUGUCGUUCGGAGGACAUCCACGACACUAACCACUUUGCCUUCUUCAAGUAAUUUAAAUUGUAAUCAAGUUUCAUAACCAAGGACAUUGUGUAUCAGUGUUACUGUGGUGAUCAUAAAAUUAGCAGUUAUUUAGUUAUAGCAGUUAUGUUAUUUUUAUCAUUAGAAAACAGCUGUCAGACCUACGGAAGGCCUGCCCACUUUAUCGUAACCAAUGGGUAAUAGACAAAGCUAAUCUAUUCCAACUGGGCUUCACUUCUUGUGAAACAGCAGAUUUUCUCUUGGUUUAGAUUUUUGCCAAUUUAUGGGAUGCCAUGAGAAAAUGUAAACCUAUUUCAAGCCAUUCAAAUCAAAGAAAAAAAACUGAUAAGUUAUUGCUUUUAUAGCUGUUUAGUAUUUAAGUGUAUGUAUCAUGUAACUUGCCUGGUCAUUGAUCUAAAUUUAAAACUGAAACUGCAGAAAACAUUUCUUUUCAAAUGGAACUCUACAGACAUCAUAUUGUUUCCCAGCAGAGAACAGAGAGUGGCAGUUACACCCACCCACACAUCUCAGACAACCCAUUUGGGGAGGAUACAUCCGCUGUACAAACAAAAAAACUCACUGUUAAGUUUCUCCCCAUCUGGUUUGUUCUUUUCCUACCUUCUCUACAUUUCAGUAAUGGCAGCAGUUACCAGUGUCAGAACCUCAAAAGGCAUUCUCAUUUAUACUCUGCUCAGCCUGGUCUGCUUCGGAUGCGCCAUGUUUGAAACAGACUUGCUGACAAAGGUGAAGGAAAGCCAUCAAUUGGCAAAGGAAAGGUAUGAGAAACUGAAGAAUGACCGGAAGACGUUCGUCGACAUCAUUUCAGACAGGAUUCGUUCCUACAUGAACAUUGUGGAACCAAUGAUGUAUAGGGAAGAAUUUCCUGAACAAAUAAAGCAGACAAAGGAGUUACUUGACAAACUAAAAACUUAUGUCGCCACAGAAAAUUCUAAACUCGAUAUAGAAAUAGAGGCUCUUGAAGUACUUCUUAAGGAAAAUGACCAGAUAAUUAACUGCCUUGAUGGGAAUCAGAGGGAUGAAUUAUGAUAUGCCUAAGCCAUUAAGUGCCACGUGAUGUCUCAUUUCUCCGUCCUGUAUUUGUAUUCAAAUUCAAAUUUUUUUUUCUUUUAAUUCUUCUCAUUAUUUUAACACUUUUUGAACUGUUUUAGAUUGCAGAAAAAAAACAAAAAUCCAGUAGGUUACACUUUUGCCUUAAAUCUAGAUGUGGUAAUUUUUAUGUUUUCUAAAACUUUUAAAUGACUACUGACAAUGCCUACCCUAGGUUGACAGUCUCAAAGAAUAUCAUUCCUAACGGUGGAUGUUAUAAUUAUGACAUAACAGUGUUGAUAUAAUCAUUUUUUUAUAUAAAAAUAAAAAAGCUAUAAAUAUGUAUCUGAAUAUGUAUCUACAAUCCUGUUGACAUUAUUAAUGCACCAAAUAAACAAUGUUUUAA